AUGACUGUAUCUACUACAAUUAACUCAUUCUUAUUGACAUUUGGACCUCUCAUUGUCACCUACCAAGGUCUCAAUCUCAAGCAAUUCAAUGCCUAUCCAGCAUGUUUCUUUGGUGCCAUUGCCUUCCUUCUAACUCAGAUCGGCAAGUUCAUUAUUUUGGCUAUCGCGUUCCCUUUGAUUUUCCCAGGCGAUGACUUUAGCGAGGAUGAUGAGCAAGGUAGCAAAUUCCAGGUUGAACAUGACGUACUUAGAGCUUUAGUUUCUUGCGUCGACAUCGUUGGUCUCUACUUCGUUCUCAAUGCAAAGAGACUUAUGACUAUCAUGGGAGACUUAGAUGUUAAGAUUGUUGCAGUCGGCUUAGGCUGGAGUGCAGCUGAACUCGUCACUUCAAACUUCCUCGAUAUCAUAUUCCAAAGCUGGUCCAACGAGAUGAAGUCAGAGUACAUAAUGCAAGCACUAUCAGCUAACCUAGACAUUCUUGAAAUCAUUGCAUUAACUUAUCUAGCCUAUACCUUGACCAAGAAAGAAGAGAGUUCAAAGAAGAAUCUAGUGUAUAUUCUAGUUGUUUUGAGAUAUCUUAUGCCAGUAGUACUCAGAUAUACUAAGGAAUAGACUAAGGACGUUGCCAGAGAAUGCGAUUUAUGCUAUGAGUCUAUGUUCAUAGGUGCCAAGGCAAUCUUCGCUGGAUUACUCUAUUUGGGAUCUCAAAAGCUUAAAUGA